GUUCAUAGAAUUUUAGAAUAGGUCAUUGAUAAAAAGCUUGAAAUGAGCUCCCAAGAGUUGAAGAAGAAAGAAAAAGGAAAAGAAAUUUUCACUCUCAAAGAAAAUCCUAGCACUUCCUUUCAUCGUGUUGAUCACUUUGAUCAGACGGAGGAAGUGUCCAUGUAUUUCACUGAGCAAGGAAUAGCGGCUCUCCUAGAAGCUAAUAAGGAGACACUUAGAGAAAACUUAGAACUAGAACAAUCUAAGAAAGAGAAUGGAGAGAAAGUUGAGGGUAUUCAAGAAAAGAAGAGUUCAUCUUCAAAGAUCACGCCUUGCAUUUUCUAUACCUCAGAUGACAAGGCGCGAUUGCGGUGGUCAAGCGACCUACACGAUUGCUUUGUCAAUGCUGUUGCAAAACUCGGUGGACCUGACAAGGCAACACCAAAAAGUGUCAGAGAGAAAAUGGAAGUUGAAGGAAUUGCACUUCACCAUGUAAAGAGUCAUCUUCAGAAGUUUAGACUCGGAAAAUGUAACAUACGGGAUGACUCAGAUCCAUAUAAUAAACGUUUUAAAACUGCUCGACGCAUUAUCAAAAGAUAUGCUUCAUCAAGUUCACCUCGCCCACAAGUAACCAUAAGACCUAAAGUUACUGGGGCUGCGAAGCCGCCAAAGAAGGCAAAAGAAGUUCAAGGAUCACUUUACAUGCUUAUAGAGCAAGAUUUACAUCUACAAAGAUGUCGGGAAGCAGAAAGAAUGCAAAUGGCUUUUGCAAUAGAGAACAACCGUAAAAUGUUUGAGGCACAAUAUCUAAUAGCAAGUAUGGCUCCAUCUAUACCCACUCAACACAGAGAAACUCCAAUAACUCAACAGCCAGCUUCACAAAUAGUAGAUCACUGGUUAAAACCUUCGUCGCACCACUUUCCCAAAAGAGAGACAAAUCCAAACGACCCCCAACAACCAACUACUAUCAUUCCACAAACUAUCACUUCUGUCGAAGACUUUUGCAACGACAACAUGGCUUGUCUAUCUUUGCGUGAUUUUUCUCAGGAGACAAGUAAUACAAGUUCAAUAUACGAGCCACAACAUGUGUAUACCUCAUUGAUACAUUCAACUCAAGGAAAUCACAACUACAACAUGGCUCAAGGUUUCAUCAAUCCUUAUGUGACUAUUGAGCCACAAUCGAUGCCUGGCUCAUCCAUUACUCAGCAAGAACUUCAUCUCAACCAUGAUUGGCUCAUUCAAGACUCAUAUCCCAAUGCAGCUUUCCUACAUACCGUGGUACAGCCAAACAUCGAUUCUCUUCAUCAGGGCAGUAGUUCAAACAGCACAAUUCCACUUUCGAUCACACCACAACCAAUACAAACAUAUAAUCCAUACUGUACGUACAAUUAUCCUCCAUACAAUACUCUUGAAGCGGUUAAAGCCCAGCUCAGUGCAUUGCAAAACUCAAGCACUAGCCGAGCUCGAGAAACUCCUUCUCGCGAAAUCAACGUAUCGUCUUCUGUCUCAAGGGAUGAGGAAGAUCCAGUGGAUAUGUAUAUUGAUUGGGAUAAAGUUGAAGAAGUGGAUAUUGAUCAGCUUGAUCCAGUUGCAGUCCUCGAGGCUUUAGGAUUUGGAGUAUAA